UCGAAGAUAAAGCGCUAAAAAUCAUUUUAUUUUUUUUGCCCAGCUAAUUCAGGACUUUUUUAUUUCCAUUCCAUUCUGUGUACAAUUACUAUACUUUACGCGCAUCAAUACUCGUGGAAUAAACAUAAUAAUAAUGUCGGUACAUCGGAGCUACGUUCGCAGUUUGUACAAGAAGGCUCUUUACACAUCGCUCGACUGGUACCCGAACAGGCUGUACUGGCGCCCGAUUGCCCUGCAAAUCCGCGCUGAAUUCGAGGCUAACCGCGGAGAAUCAAGCCCUGUCCGCAUUCAGCAGCUUGUGCGCGAGACCGAGGACGCCCUGGAGGAGUACCAGCACCCGUUGCCAUACAAAUAUAUGACGGCUCCGGGCGGUACAAAAUACGAGCGCAACAGGUGGUUCGAGGACAACAUGACACUCUAGAGCGACAGCAGCAGGGGCCCGUUUGCGUCUAUGCGCAUCCUUUUUUUAAUCGUAUUGGCAAAUUAUAUAUAGAGAAAGUCUUUGAGAAACAACACUAUGAGGCUGUGUUAGCGCUGCCUUUACUUUGAGCGAGGCAGCAGCAAGGGCGCUAUUUGAAAGAGAAAAUGUCAGGAUCGGAGAUAUUACAUGCACAAUUUA